AUGGCUCACUUUCCUGCACCAGAACACAUCCUUUCGCUGUCCACUGUCUGCGUCGGCGUUGGGCCCGGUGGAACGACGUCUAUGGUCGCGCGCAUCGUAGUGGUCAAUUUUCAGGGCGAGACUAUAUUGGAUAAGUUUGUCGCACCAACGGUUCCAGUUGUGGACUAUCGGGCAGCCCAAACCGGGAUCACUGCUUGGCAUCUCUCCUCCAAGGAUCCGAUCCCCUUCAACGUCUUGCAAAGCACUUUGGCCAAACUGUUCCGUGGCAAAAUCGUGGUUGGGCAUUCUAUAUGGGAACAUCUCUCGGGUCCUCUCAUAGGCCUUCCCCGCUAUUUUGUCCGUUAUUUACAUGUACUUUCAGUGCUCGGCAUUCCUCAUCCUGCUGUGGCUACGCGGGAUGUCGCUCUGUAUCAGGCCCAUCCGUCUUCUUCUUUCGCAGCCGUUCCGAAACGCGCUCCGUACUCCCAACCAGAUCAUAGGCCGCAAAAGACACCAGGCCUGAUGUGCAGAAAUUUGAGUGUCGGAAUCAUUGGCUCGGGGCCAUCCGCCUUGAUAACUGCCCACACUCUUAUCCAGGACGGAUUCUCAGACGUGCAAAUCCUGUCGCGGGACAGUACCCCAGGCGGGGUGUGGUCCUCAGCUCGAGUCUAUCCCGACUUGCAAAUCAACAAUGUUCACGGCGAAUAUCACUUCACUGGGCUAAACAUGCCUGCAACCGCGUCGGGCCGCGUCACCGGAGAGGACAUGCGUGUUUACAUGCAGAAUUUUGCCAGCCAAAUGCUCGAUGGACACAUUCGGUAUCAAGUCGAAGUACUCAGUAUCAGGCGGGAUGAUGCGGCCUCGCAAUGGUUCGUCACCGUAGAGAGCGUCUCUACCAAGCAGCAAGAGACCUUGCAAUUCUCGCGGAUUGUCCUCUGCACCGGGGGAUGCGACACACCAAAAAUUCCCGAGGCUCUUUCCGAACCCGCUGCGCGGAGCGCGAACUUCAAGGGGAAGGUUAUUCACUCGAAAUACUUCGCCGCCAGACUACCGGAAAUCGAGCAAAAAACGAAGAGCAUCGUUAUUGUUGGAGGGGGAAAGUCUGCUCAAGAUAUGGCCGCCUACUUGGCCAACAGGGGCUGCAAUGUGACUGUGGUUUUCGAAAAAACCGACGCAUUCUUAGCAAGCCCGUCGACGCUUCCACCGUUCAUUCGCAAGAGCAGAUUGCUGUCUAUUAUGGCCGGACACCGAGUGCUCCACACCCGGCUGGAGCGCUUCUUCCACACCACGUGGCUGGGCAGCUGCCUCGUAUGGAUAUUCUGGCUCCUGCUCAAACACGCCUCUCUUUUCGCUGCCGGCAUAACGCCCUUCUCCCGGGGCCCCCUCCGCCCCGAGCACUUCCACCCGCUCUUCUGGAGCACCAGCGUCAACGACGAAGGUGUUCCGUCUGCCACCGGCUUCCACGCGCUUGUCCAACAGGGUAAGAUACGGGUAGUAGUACCCGCGCGGCUGCAAGGGUUUGGAAAGGACGGCGUGUCGGUUGUGACCACGGACUGGCGCAGCAUCCCUGCUGACAUAUUGCUCCUCGCGACGGGGUACCAGUCGUCCUGGGCCAGUCUGUUUGAUGAGCAAACAGCAAGGAGUAUCGGGAUGGCCCCGACGAUGCUGAAAUUUCCCGGCGACGAAGAGAGUGAAGCCGCUCUUUUCCCCCACCGUCUGGUUGGCGCCAAACCGCAAGCACGUCCGGCUGCCGAGAAAUUCGGGCGGGCCACGCAUAUCUAUCAAGGCAUUGUUCCGAGCAAGAAUAUCGCUCGGAGGGACUUUGCGAUCAACGGCGCUGUGUUCACAACGAAUAUUGGCUACACAUGGGAGGUGGUGGCCCAUUGGAUAUCGUCCUACUUCCUCAACGACCCGAGCCUGCGGGUCCCUGCAACGCCCGAGCAAGCCGAAGAGGUCGCGAAAACAGACGAAGCGUGGAUGCAUCUGCGGUACCCAGACUGGUUGCAUGUCAACGAGUCGUAUAGCAGCCUAAUUGCAUUUUGGACAUGGCCACAGUACACCGACCAACUUUUGCAAGACAUGGCACAGAACCACCCGGUAGUCCGCACCACCGGAAGCAACAGCUCUAUAGGCUCAGAGUCAUUUGAAGAGCUCACUGCAUCACCACCAGGCGACUGGGGUCACUGGGCAUCGAAGCUUUGCCUCUGCCUCAUCCUCAACAUCGCUGACGUCACGUACUUCAUCCUCGACUUCCCCAAAACCUGUGUUGCAAUUCCCUUCUCCUCAAGUAACAGCGAAACUCACCUCAAGACCACCGCCAGUACCCCCCCUGGCCCGCGCAGACGAUACGAUGUGUUGUUUUCCUCUUUACACUCCGCCCACCUUUCACAAAACCGCGAAACAUUAUCUCCGCCGAAACGACGGGCCGCGGGCUGGAGGGGCUUGUCGGUAGACCUCAUCAGGGAUCCUGCGGGGGGAGGGAGACACUCCAAGAAGCAAAAUCUGUCGUCAAUAUGGACCGAGUGUGAUCCACAGGGAACAGGCUCGCUUGACCGCGACGCGUUUGCGCGGGGAAUGUGGCGAAUUGACGAGGAGCUCAGGCAUGCAGCGGAGGUGGGCAGUCUGGCGAGGAGAACGAGCUCGAGGCGGGUUGGUGGUAUACGUUGA